AUGAAGGAUGGUGGUAGAAAACAAGGUGUAAUGACACCAUGUGCUGCAUGCAAGCUUCUUAGAAGAAGAUGUGCUCAUGAUUGUGUAUUUGCUCCAUAUUUUCCAGCUGAUGAACCUCACAAGUUCGGAAGUGUUCACAAGGUUUUUGGGGCAAGCAAUGUGAACAAAAUGUUACAGGAAUUACCGGAACAUCAACGAAGUGAUGCAGUUAGUUCAAUGGUAUAUGAAGCAAAUGCAAGAGUAAGGGACCCUGUGUAUGGUUGUGUUGGAGCCAUAUCCUCUCUUCAGCAACAAGUUGAUGUACUUCAAACCCAAUUAGCACAAGCACAAGCAGAGGUUGUUCAUAUGAAAAUUCAUCAAUCUUCAUCAUCAUCAGAUCAACACCAAUCAUCACCAUCAUCAGAAAAUGUGUACCAUUUGGGGUCAUACUAG